UCGCGCGUGGUAAAAUAUGACAACCCCCUCAAGCGACAGAAAUCAUUUAGUCAAAAUGGCAGCCUUCAGUGCACGAGAAAUUUUGUCAUUUUUGUGUGCACUUUUAGUCUGUUUUCUUUUGGUUGGUGGAUCCAGGAAGGGAGACCAGAGGUCAGCCAACGAUGAUGACUUCUCACCUUACUCGUCCGAUAACUCACUGCUGAUUGAACACUCAUUUGAGCCUGGAGUGAACAUCAAAUUCACAAACAGGGGUACCCUCAAUUUCCGAUCCUUGAAGGCAGGGCCGGGCUCCUUCAGCCAAGGCACGGCGCUGACUGCUGGAGAGAAGCGAAAACUCAAGGAGGUGGCAAGGACAGAAGGGCUGUACAGAAUACGCGUAGCCUCCAAGUUUGGCGCCCCCACUGACAGUGAAGAUGUCCAAUACGUCUCGACUUUUACAAAAGCGUGCGCCCUCGUGGAGUCGCGGCUUUCGGAUCAUAUCACCGUCCACGCUGACCAAUCAGGGAACGUCAUGGGCGUCAGUAUCGUCCCCCUCCGAGGGUCAUGUGAUCAGACCGAGAUCGAGUCGUCUGCGCUGAAUUACUUCAACACGACGGUGUCGCUGGAAGUCACUGUGCCUGCGCCAAUGCCGGAGACGCAAGCCUACGUUCAAAAAAUAGAAGAGGAGAAAGCGCAGAAAGCCAAGGGCAACUCGGCAGAUAAUCGCUCCUUCUUUGCCAAAUAUUGGAUGUACAUUGUGCCGGUGGUUAUAUUCGUCAUGAUGUCCAGCGGGCAGCAAGACUCUGGAAGAGGAGGGGGCGGCGGUGGGAGUUAAUGAUGGAUUCCAGCGGCCAUCUUGGUCUGAUAAUCCAAAGUCUCAAUGGCAAUCUGUUUGUAAAAUCUGUAAUCACAAAGUGGCACCAGCCUAUUGCAAUUUUUUCAAUUAUAUGGGAAAAAGGGGACAUUGGAGAUAUACUUGCGUUUGGAGACAUCUUGGUCUGGGACCUUGAAGUCACAAUGGCAACCUUUUUGUAAAACUGUAAUUACAACCUGGCACCUGCCUAUUUGAUUCUUCAGUGUGGGGUAAGGGGAGAGUUGGUACUGACAGUUUGAGAAAUCUUGGUCAGGGACCCUGAAGUCUCAAUGGUGAUCUUUUGUAAAAAUUGUAAUCACAAACUGGCACCAGCCUAAUUGAUUCUUCAGUUUUCGGGAAAGGGGAGAAUUGGUACUGACAGUUGGAGACAUCUUGGUCUGGGACCCUGAAGUCUCAGUGGUGAUAGUGGAGUUUUAUUCCCGUUUUUAUAGAUUACGGAGCGAUUUUUGUUCUAUAUAAUGCCCCUUCUGAUGAACAUAUUUAAAGGCACAUGGGAUCAUUUCCAUUUAACCCUAACAGAAUUCAUCCCAUCAAAGUUCAACAGUAGGUUUUGUUUAAAUCUGUUGGGAUAAGUACAGUACCCCUAAACUGAUGGUCUUU